GUAAGUCCCUCUCCUCACCCACAGCCCCCGGCUAAUCCCCCCAGUGCCCCGCCGCUCCCGACAAACCACAAGCGACGACGGUUGGACCAACAUCCCCGCCAGACACAAACCCCCCAAAACCCCUUCAGAGCACCAAAAACGAACCUCCCUCUCCUACGCAUUUCAACAACAAGCUUCCCCCAUCACCCCGGAGCAAAUAACCUCCCAUCUGAGCCCGUACACACAAACACUCCUCAAGUCCACGCUAUGGGCGCAAAUUCGCAACAUGCUUUUUCCGCGGGCACGGGAGUUGAAUAGACUGGUUGUUUUUGGCCUGGGCAGUUUUUCGGGGCUUACCGCUUCAUCAACGUAUUACCAGUUUGCACUCGUGCGAGAGGUAGCGGAACUGCUGAAGAUUAGGAAGGGGGAGGUAUACUUUCAGGAUCCACUGUUUACAGAGUGGGACAGGGCUUUUCUAGAGGGUGUUGGAAGUGUGGUUGAAGUUGGGUCGGGGGAAGAGGUGGUACAGGAGGGGACGGUGGUUGUGGCGGUCCAUUUGGAGUAUGGGGUUCUUGAGGGGGUUCUUGAGGGAAGACCGGGGGUGGCGGUGUGUAAUGAUCUGGGGCACUUUUUAGAUAUGAGGAUCGGUGGGGAAGUGGAGUGGGUGAGGGCUUUUUUGGAGGGUGUUGAAGGGGAAGUUUUGAAGUGGGAUAUCGGCAGCGGGGGGGCAUUUAAUCACUCGGCGGUUUACUGGAGGAAGGGGGCGGAAGAUUGCCGGGAGGUUGAAAGUGAUAAAGUGGAUGGUGAGAAUGCGGUUGAAGCCGUUAUUGAGAACAUUGGGUCUGUUAAUACAUAAUUGCUGCUCCUGGGUUUUUGCUCAGGGGUGGCUCACCUUCACUCGUGGGGAAUUAUCUGCUAUCAUAAUAUUAUAUCAGAGGUUUGUUUGUA